AUGUUUAAUAAAGAUUUUUUUCGAAAAAGUCAGAUUGUUAUUAGUGCCUCCGAUAUCAAAUCUGUAACAAUAGCUCCCGUUGGUGUGCAGGCUCUUGGCCAGCGAUUCAAUACAUACAAUGAAAGGAAGAACAGGAUUGGGCCUGGAAAUAAUGUACCUAUGCUUCGAAAUAGAGCCUCUGCUUUGAUUCUUAUUCUGGAAGGCCUGAUUUCAACGAUGAAAAAAAUUAACGAAGCUGAAUAUCAAGGAAUUAAAAACAAGGAUCUAAAUGCUUUAAGAACUGAAGUUAUUACAUUCAUGGCGGCACAGUGGUUUACAAGUAAUUUUAAAAAUGAUUGGGAAUUUGAAGGAGAGCUUGCUUUUAAAGCUGACUUUUGA